AUGGGUAUCUUCUCGUGGUUUUCAAAGCCCGGGCCGGCCGACUAUGAAGGUGUCCUCGUGCGCCUCGCCACUGAAAUCAAUGAGGCCAAGCGGCAUCUGUCCGAGGUGCGCCUGCGCGAGCGCCGCUUCUCCCUCUUUCUCAACGCAUACGGUGUUGGCCUUUGGGCCAUCUGGGUCGGAUUGUGGUGGUUCCACAGCAUCCCUUGGUCGCUUAUCGGCUGGACCGAGGCGACCACGCAGGCUCGACUUGUUGGUGUGGCCGGAGUGAUUGCCGGACCCAUCGUAAUCUGGAUUCUUAACCGCACUCUCUGGCUGAUCUUCCGUCGUAUCCGCACAAACGAGGAAACCCACCUUCGCAUGCUACUUGUGAAGCAGCGCAAGCAGGUCGAAGAGAUCAAGAAGAUUACCAACUUUGACACGACCCGCAAGCUGCUCGAGCAGUAUGAUGCCGAGUUUCCCCCCAGCACCCCGCAACGCGGCCCCAUCCAACCUUCAACUCCGUCUCCUGGCCACCAGGCGACUCCCAACUCUCCUUCUCCCGAUGGCAAGCAGCGUAGCGCGCCCAACUCGCCUACUACGCCCGACGCUCCCAACGCACCCUCCAUCCAGGUCCAACAAGGACCUCUUGGCACACCUCGCGCCCCCGGUCACCUCAUUGGUGCGGGCGGCACCCCUGCUCAAGGCCAGAGGACACCAGUCCCCGUCCCCCCUGGUAUGACUCCAGAGCAAGCUGCCCUUUUCCAGAUGCAGCUCCAGGCUAUCCAACCUGUUCUCCCGACACCAGACAAGAAGUGGUAUGACCGUCUCGCCGACUCGAUUCUGGGAGACGACCCUUCUGAGCCUGCGCGUAGCAAGUACGCCCUCGUCUGUGCCGAGUGUUUCCGACACAACGGCCUCAUCGGCAGCCAGUACGAGUGGGAGCGUCUGCAAUGGAUCUGCCCAAGGUGUAACCACCUCAAUCCCCCACCCCUCUCACGCAUGCAAGAGGUCGCCAACGAGUCUUCCUCCUCGGCUCGUGAGGAAUUCCCCACCCUCCCGGAAACCCCUUCCAAACCCGCCAAGCUGCCCGCUGCGGCACCCACCACCCCGGUCCAGAGGCCAGCAGCUCACUCCCACCACCUUCGCGCAUCCCCUCGUCCCCGUCGCCAACUCGGCGAAAAGCUCACACCGCGCUCUUCCAGGCUCAGCACUGAAGUGUUCUCUGCCGCUGAUGAGAGUGAUGAGUCGGGCGAGGAGGACUUCCAAGAGACCGAGGCGAUGGAGGUGGACAAUUAG